UGUGACUGAACUGGUUAUAGUGCAUUUUUUUUUCUCUUUCUCUUUCUCUUGUAUAGCAAAAGAUGGCUGACAAUAGACGUUCUUUAUUAAUAUAUGGUGCAGCUGCAACCUUAGUUGCUGUAUUGGGUACCAGUCUUGUAUACUAUGUUAUAGAAGACGAUAAACGAGCCAAACGAAGAAGAACAGCUAAACAAGCUGAACGCGCGACUCUUCGUCUAUUAGAUCAAAUUCAAUCACAACAACAGGUCAUUGAAUCAAGCAUCAGUAGUGUUGAACCCAUCAUCGAAUUGGACUGUGAUGACAAGGCAUUCAAGCAAAAGGAGUAUACUUUAGCUCACUCAAACGAACUUCUUCUUCGUCUUAUGGAACAGCUCGACGCGGUUCGACCCUUAACACUUGUUGUCGGACAAGAUCUUGAACCUACAGAGUUUGAGAGACAGCUGGUCGAUAACUUGAAGAACAAGAAACGAAAUGUGAUUGAUUCUAUUAACGAACUCUUCCGUCGACUGGAUAUCUGUAAUGAAAGAGUGAAAAAGGAAGCAACCAAGAGAGAGGAGGCAGCUAAAGAAAAGGCAAGACUGGAAAGAGAAGAAAAAGAGAGAUUGGCUCGUGAAGAAGAGGAAAGAAAGAAAGCCGAGGAAGAAGAAAGAAAGAGAAUCGAAGAAGAAAAGGCUCAACAAGCUAGAGAAGAACAAGAACGAGUGGCUAAAGAAGAAGCAUUACGUAGAAUGAGAGAAGAAGAGGAACAGGCUGCUCAAGAAGCUAUUGCCAAGGAGACUGAUAACCAUGACGACGACAAGUCUUUUGAAGAGAUUCAAAGUAAUGGUCAAGUAGAAGUUAGCUAUAUUGAAUUAAAUGAAGUUCAAGAAGAAUAAUAAAUUCUAAAGAUUGAUGUGUGGUGUGAA